AGCUUCAUGGUGCCGAGGGUGAAUUCACAUGCAGUAUUUGCACUGAAUGUGUCACAGCAACACAACGUAAUCCUUUAAAUCCCACAUUGCACCCGGUCUUUAAUCCAUCAUGCAGGAAGUCAUGGAAUUUUCUGGGUGUGAACAAUGGAUGCCAAAAACAACACAGCCACUCUGUAUUGGUGACGUUACGCCGAAAGCUAUGGGCUAUUGUCCUGACCUCGUUAGCACAGCUGAGUAAGCCAGUAAAUUCCCUCUUCUCCACAGUCCGAUGGUGGGUUUGCACCCAUAAUUACUAAAGCGUUGGACUAUUCACUGAUAAAUCUGCAGCCACAGCGGGACACGAAAAUGACAGAAGACUGUGCCUGAGUGCCAAGAUCAUCUUCUUAUAUCGUCCAUUAGCUCCAGGACUGUUCACCAACACAAAAUGAGCAUGCAACUUGAACUGAAGAAUAUGAAUCUGAGAGCUGGAGAUCAGCUGAAAGUAAAGGGGGUAAUUCUGCAUGAUGCUGAGAGAUUUCAGAUCGACCUCGGCUGGGAUGCAGACGACCUGGCGCUGCACUUUAACCCCCGUUUCCAUGACGACACUGACGGAGCUGUACUCGUUUGCAACUCAAAGACUGCUGGUUGUUGGGGCGACGAGAAACGGAACUACACAACCCUCCAGAGGGGCACAGAUGUCAAGAUUGUGUUGAAGCUGGCUGAAGACGUGUUUGAAGUGGAGCUUCCUGAUGGACAGGAAGUCCAGUUUCCCAACCGUGAUGGCAUGGACGCCAUCAGCUACAUCAAAAUCGCAGGAGACUUCAAACUGACUUCCUUCAAGAUCUGCUAAGAGACACAACUGCUGUAAUUCUGUGUUUAUCGGUUUGGUUAAAGACGAGACUUUGAGACUCGGUCAGUUGUCGUGUUGUGCGCAAGAAUAUAAAAUGUUUAAAUUCAA